CAGCUGUGCUGACUGGUGGAUUCUGGGAAAUAUAGUCCACACUGGCUGGGGGGGGGCGUGAUUUGGGGGAAAGUAACAUUCUAAGUCCUGGUCUAUGUCUGUUCAGAGGCUGACUCCAUAGACCUGUUGCAAAGUAAGUCAUUUAGGAACGCAGCCUAAAGCAGAGUGGCAAAUUUUUGGACCUUAAGAUAUUUUUGGAUUACAACUCCCAACAUUCUAUGCUGGGUAGAAUUAUGGGAGUUAUAGGCAAAAUAAAAAUAAAAAUCUAUAGGGCUAAACGGUCCCCAUUCUUGUAAUCAAGCUGAACCUAAGCCUCAGUCUUCAGUCUUACACCCAUUUUCUCACUGGGCUUGAUUUAGGAAAAACAUGUACAAGAUUGUGUGGUUACUCUUAGAUUGGUCUGACGUCUUGUAUUCAGCUACACCCCCUAAUUAAUUCUACAGAAGAUGAACGUGGUUUUAAGUCUUUAAUCACAUGAAUUAAAAAAACUCUAGAUAAAAUGCCAUGGCUGGGGAUGAUGGGACAUGUAGGAUUUGGAGUAUGAGGUGUUGAGGCAGGCUUGGGAAGAGCAGGUUGAUGGGGAAAGGCUGAAAGGAAGGAAUGUGUGAUUAAUUGCAAGAUUGCCAACUUCCAAGUCUGAUGUGAAUUAAAAGAAAGGAGAGGGGUCACAUUAAAGGUGCCUUUGUCUUUAAUAUGCAAAUUCCCUUCACUGGGAAUUUUCAAGCGAUUGUUCAAAACACAGUUUUUGCAAUAGGCCUUCACAGACCUUAUAACAACUUACUAAGGUGAUAGGUCUUAAUACUUAUAUUAUUAAUCCUGCCUUCUUGCUUUUAUGUUAUUUAUGUUAUUCUUACUUAAAUUGGUUUGUCGUUUGUGCUUAUUUUGAUUGUAUAACUAUUAUGUUUGUUGUCUGGAAUUGUUCUUGUUUAAUAUGCAAACCGCCCAGAGUGGUGGCCAGAUGGGAGUCUAAUAAGUAAGUAAGAUUUUUAAAAAGCAUGCAAAGAGCACCAGCUGGGGGGGGGGGUAGCCUUAAGCUGCAGGGUUUUUCCCCCCCUGGAGGAAAAUUCCCUCCUCUGAAGCUGGCAUUUGCUGUGACAGAGAUGGGAGACUCCCUUCUUAACACCAUUGAGGAGAUUUGCACCCAGGGCUCAGCGUGGGAGGGUAUAAACUGUUCCCCUUAUUUCAUUGGGGGCCACACCACUGUCUGUACCCCCAAAACCUGGUGGCAGCUUCUGCCAAAAAUGCUGCUCUUGUGGCAAAUUAAAAAAAUGGCAUGGCAACUGUACAUCUGACCGAAGGACCUCCUGCACCAUAGAGUCUCACAGAUAGACAGGCCAAGGGGGGUCUCUUUUUUCGGAGCAUGGGGAGAAGAAAGAAAUGGCAAUAAUGCAGCAUUAGGCCAGUUAAGAGCGGUUGUCUCCAUGGUGACAACGAGUGAAGGUAGCGCGGGCUCCCCAAAUGCCCAGAAUCCACAUGAAAUCUAGUGUGGUGCAGGGGUUACAGCGUAGGACUCCAGAACUCUGGGUUCAAAUUCCAUCCACACCUAUAAGGCUUUUUGAGUGAGCUACCUUACAGGGCUGUUGUGACAGGAAAAUAGGGAGGAGGACCACCAUGGAGACCACCUUGAAGCUCAUAGGAGCCAAGGUGAGGUAUAAAUGUCACUAAGAAAGGAGGCUUGUCGGUUGCGCGUUCGCUUAAAGGAAACGCUGGCCAUUCUUCCCGCUCUGCUUCGGAGGAGCAAGAAAUGAAUCUGAUAAAGCAUGGAGUCAAUCCUCCUUCCAGCCCUGUUUCAGUCUUGUUCAUUCUCUUUAUCCCCACCCCAGCAGAUGUUGCAUCCAUUUUUUAUACACCAGACGUUGUCACCACGUUCUUAGGUUCAGCGAGGGGCAAACAUGGUCUCUGUGGUUGUGAAACUGUGGGUGGGAAGGGAAUAAAGCCUAGAAGGCAGAUCCAUGAUUUGAUGAGUGCCGAACCCCUGACUAUUUUUCCUUUCCUUUUCCCUGUGCUCAUCCCAAACCCACACUCUCCCCCAGGAUUGCUGCUACUAUUACUGCCUGUAUUCCUGCACCAUAUAAAACUUUCCAGGAUGAGUCCCGCAGGGCUGGUAUGUGACAGACGGCUACUCCAGAGAUACAUCCGUGAAAGCUUUGAAUUGGAAGACCGACUGAGCCAAUGCAGGAUGCUCCCCCUUCUCCAGCAGCCCGUACCCUUGCCCUUGGUGGGUUUCAACCUCCGAGAAUGGGCGACGAAGACAAAUCCUUCCAAAGGGAAGGAAGUCCUCCUUGACCUAGUCAAGCUGGUGGAAGGCAUAACCGCGGCCCAGCAAGAACUGAACCAAGGGUGCCCGUCGGUGCUUCUUCAGCAGCUUUUUGAGAAGACCAGCUUCUUCGUCCUGCAGCUACAGAACUUCAGGUGGCAGGAACAGGACGUGCCUGGGCAGCCAGGAGGAACUCCUCGAUUAAUUCUGGAGAGCAACCUUCGGAAGAUCUUCCAAACCUACAAACAGCUGCUGAGAGGAAAACUCCAUUUCCUCUUCAGUGACCUGCGGAAGGACCUCUGCAGUGAGGGUGACUCAGCCUAGGAGCAACAGCCCUGCUCACCCGCCUUGCAGUUGGGUGUCUUUAAGAGAGCAGGGAAGAGCCCGUGAGCUUUUCCUCCAAGUGGUCCCAGGGGGCGAGACAAGAGGAGCGGUCACGAGUGGAAGGGAAAUGCUGUCCAGCCUCUGCCUUGACCUUGGGGCUAGGGAGAAAGCGGAAGUGGGAAAAGGGAUACUGCGAUGCCUUCUCUCUGACCUUCUCGCUAAAUACUUUAGCUGCCGGCAAGAAGAAAGCUAAACAGGAUUCCCUGGAGCUGAGCAUGUCUGGCUGUGCCCUUGAAGCCAACCUGCUCUCAGUUCUGCCUGUCCUGCUUGGUUAAUGGUUGCCUGGAUGUUUAGCAGCUUCGACGCAGCGAUCAGUGGUGUUCAUUCACCCUCUUGCAAAUAGCGCCCAGGUGGAGAUCGGGGCUCUUUUCUCCAACAUGCUCCUUGCUGGAUUCCUUCUCGCCAUACCAGCCUGCAGUACGGGGAGGUCCUCUCAAUCCUUUGGGGCCACCGAGAGGAUGUUCUUGACCUGAUACAGGAAACAUAGGCACCUGCCCUGCUCGUCUUUGGCAGCCUUGGCAGGCUAAAUCCGUUUAAAACCGUACCUUGUCAGUGUUUUUCAGUGACAUGAAGAAACGGCGUAUUUAUCAGCUUCCCAACAGAUUCCUAUUGAUCUGGCCUUGCUGUGAUUUCAUGAAGAAGGCUCAGAAAAGCCCCACCUUAGCAGGUUACUGACAAGGAAAUGCUGACAAGUGUGAGGACGGAGUGAUGAGAUGGUUGUUUUUAACUCUCCAACUUUAUGAAGAAAUUUUUGCUACUUCUUUAUCAUCCCCCGAGGCCAGUCUUGGGAUAAAGGAGAAAGAACAUGAGGGCUUAAGAUGGGGCCAUCAUGGACUUCCUGGGCUCCCCGGACAUGGUACACCUGGAUAGCUCAGUGGUUUAGAUCUCUGGCUGCCGAGCCAAAGGUUGCGAGUUCG